AUGGAUGAAGAAGUAAAACAGCUGGAAGAAGCUAAACCAGAGGAAAAGAAAGAAGAGAAAAUGGAGGAGGAGAAAGAAGAACCUAAGCCACCCUCCCCUUUGGUUUUGUUUGUGGAGUUGCAUUGUAUGAGUUGUGCAAAGAAGAUAGCGAGGUCCAGUUUUAAGAUUAGAGGAGUUGAGGGAGUUGUAAUUGACAUGGAGAAAAAUCGAUUAACUAUAAUGGGAGUUGUGGAUGCUCAAGCUGUAUGUGACAAAAUCAUCAAGAAAACGAAGAGAAGAGUCAAAGUUUUAUCUCCAUUGCCGGAAUCAGUGGAAAAAACUAUGCCGGAAGUUGUUGCUUCACAGGCCAGCGAAUUAACUACAGUGGAGCUGAAUGUCAACAUGCAUUGCUUAGCUUGUGCCCGGCAGCUUAAGAGAAAGAUACUUAAAUUGAAAGGAGUGCAAACAGCUGAGACAGAAUUUAGUUCCGGGAAAGUUAAGGUUACAGGUACUAUGGACGCAAACGAGCUCGUUGAUUAUGUCUACAAAAGCACUAGAAAACAAGCCAACAUUGUACCAAAGCCUGAGGAGAAAAAAGAAGAAGAAAAGCCAGUUGAAGAAGCCAAACAAGACAUAAAAAAGGAAGAAAAAACAGAGGAAAACAAAGAGGAUCUCAUUAAAGAAGGAGAAAUGAAUUUUAGUGAUGAACAGUCGAUGCAUAAACUCAUGCAUUACUAUCAGCCUUUUUAUGUUAUAGAAACAAUUCCCUCCCCCCAGCUUUUUUCAGAUGAAAAUCCUAAUGCUUGUUGCAUUAUAUAA